AUGUUCUCGCCUUCUGGUAAUGAUCUGGCCACGUGCCGCGCCAGUGUCGGCCGUGCCUGCGUCGCCAACUCUUUCGUGAACUCUCCUGCUAUCACGGCUGCAGAUUCGUCAUUCCUAGUAAACUUCAAGGGCAAGUCGAUUGCCGCUGUAGGCAAGGCCGAUGCUGCGGCGAUUAGGAACGGCGCUGGUGUUGGCAAGGUUUAA